GACUUUAAAUGUUGACUGCGGGGCCCAGCAGCCUACGCUCAGCUCAGCGGGUGUGGAGAGGACAGAUGAGGACAGAGAUGGAAGAGUUAGCCUCCCUCACUGGUCAGCGGCACGAGGACGCUUUCACCCAAACGCCAAAGUAAACCAGGGACAGAGACCUGAAAAAAACAAAACAAACUAUGGAAUAAAGACAAUUGUGCUCCAAUUCAGCAGAAUCUCUCCACACGGUGAACGAGGUCAAGGCGAUGAAGGACCCCCUGUUGGACUGCAGCCCCCUCAUCAGUGCAGCGGCCUCAGCUAAGCUCCGCCUGGUUCGCCUGCUGGUAGAAGGCGGGGCUCAGGUCAACGGACGCAACCCCAAAGGCGAGACGGCGCUGCUGGCUGCCUGCAAGGCCCUGACGGAGGAGCCCACUGCGCCUGACACAGUGAAACUACUCACAUACCUGCUCCACAACAAGGCUAAUCCAAACGCACAGGACUGCGCUGGACGCACUGCUCUGAUGUACGCCUGCAUGCAGCGAGCAGGAGCUGAGGUGGCGUCCACGCUGCUGACCGCGGGAGCCGACCCCAGCAUGGAGGAUCACUCCGGAGCCUCCGCUCUGGUGUACGCCAUCAACGCACAGCACCAACCCACACUGGAGGUGUUAAUGGACGCCUGUCGAGCCAAGGGCCGUGACAUCAUCAUCAUCGCCACGGAGGUCGGUGUGAGCGGAGGUCCCAUGACCAGGCGUUACCUGAAUGUCCCGCCGUCCCCCGACUCCUCGCCGGUGUCCUGCAUGUCCCCGUCGGAUAUCGUCCUGAAGACGGGCUCGCCCAACUCAGGCGAGGUGGAGAACGUCUUCAACUUCAGAGGAACCGGUGACAGCAGCAGCAGCAGCAGCCAUCCCUCCUCCUGUGAGCUGAGUCCACCGACUCCACCGCCCAGACAGAGGAUGUUAUCUGAACCGUGGCUGGCCCUGCACAACCUGGCCUGUCUGAACAGAGCGUAUGAGGAGGGCAGGAGGGAGAAGAGGCUGCAGGAGGAGAACGCAGAGCAUUUAACACGUCGUGAAGAUGAGGGGAAAGAGGACGAGGGGAGGAGGGAGAGCACAGUUCACGCCGGGGACCUUCUGAGGGGCUCACAGUCACUCCUGUCCCUCACAGAGGUGAGGAGUUCUUCUCAGGUGACCUUCAGCAGACUGCUCUCAAAGACGUCGCAGAAGAGGAUCUUUGUGGAGAAGCUUCCCAUCGUCUGUCCAUCGCCUCAGUCCCACCUCCGCAGGAACACCCUGCCGUCCAUCACUGUGGCUCCGCCUCUGCUUCACCUCCCGCCCUUAGUCGACCAAUCGGACUCUCGCCGGCAGCUACCAGCGUGGGUUUCCCUCUCCAAAAGCAAGAGCAUGGCAUUCCUGCCUCACCCACCCAGCUCCUCCACGUCCAGAGCUUCGCCGCUCCCUCCACUGGCCCUCUCCUCCUCCGUCUCCUCCCUGGUUGCUCCUCCUCCCUCCUCCUCCUCCAGGAGGUCACUGCGGCGUCACUCAGUGCAGCUGGAUCACAGCAGAGGGGAGCACGUCAACCACUUCAGCUUUUAAAAGGCAAAGAUUAGUGGAAGAGAGAGAAAAUGCAAACCUUCAUCUAG